AUGCCUCGCACUCUCACCAGCACUAGCACCAGCACCAAAGGCCUGCAUGUUCUUCAUGUGCACAAUAUCAUCAUUGCCGCUGAGUCGCCGUCGACGUGGCCUUCUGUGCGCCACCUUCGCCUGUCUCAGGUUUCUGUACCAUUGCACUUUGUGCACACAUUCCCCGCCAUCUCCGAGCUGUGCCUGGACCACUGCCAAUUCCAAGCUCCCUCUAACCAACAAACCAACUCACGUCUCUGCUGGGACUUGAACAGCUUGGAUUACCACCAGACUACUUUUGCAGACUUGGUGAACUGCAGCGUCUGUUGUCCGGUCCACUGGCUGGACGUGAAGUUCUCCUUGAUGCCUGAUCCUUGGCCGGGUACGCAAUGGAAGGAAAUGAUGCCUGGUCCUUGGCUGGAUACGGUGCAAUGGGAGGCAAUGAUGCCUGCUGUGGUUUCCUUGCAUACCCAGUAUUAUCAAUUCACUACUAGUCUGAAGUCUCUCGCGGAAACUCUCACCAAUUCUGCGUGGAAACCAAGGUGCAUCGAGCUGGAGUGCGACGAGACCAGUGGUCAGACGCACCUUCGACUUGUAAGAUACAUGAAUAUAGCCGCUGAGAUCCUGACGCAGCUACCAUUCAUCUGUCUUGAAAUUUGCGUUCAGACUCAACACUGUGAGCUCGCGAUAGCAGGGGGCAUGGCGUCGUUCGAGCUCCCAGAGCUCCUUCCGCAGUCCCUUCGGUAUGUCUCUCUCAGUGUGCAGUUUCCCAAGUACAGGUACACAUGCUACUGGUACAAGGUUAUGGCGACCGGCGGGUCCGGGAAGCGGGUGUUAGUACAGAUGGAGACCAGGAUGGGAGAGUCUCUGAGGGAGCAGAUGCGGACGCCGGGCUGCGAUUUUGACGCGCUUAUGGCUUGA